AUGGCUGCUCCUGCGAAGAUUGAUCGUCAAACAACAACGCCCUUCCUUUUGCGCCUCUUCUUCAAGCAGGGCUCAUUUAACAGGCUAGACGAGUUUGACCCAGCACUACCACGCCUUCCAAGAAACGUUCAAAUCUACACAUGGCAGAGCUGUAGUCUGCGCGAACUAUGCACGCUACUUCUCAGCGCAGUUCCGACAUUACUACCACAACCGUAUACUGGAUCGCGUAUCGCAUUUCGACUCGUCUACCCAGACAUCCAAGGCUCCAACCGGCCAGACGCACCAGGACGCUUCAUAUCGCGAGACAUAGGCUCGGUCAUUGUAGGCGCGCCAUCACGGAAUGAGGACACCGACAUGGAAGGUGCCGACGGCGAAAGUGCUGCAGAGGCUCUCAAGCAACUCGAUGGUGACCCAGACAAGACAUUGGCGGAUGUCAGGUUUAUGAUAGGCGACUAUGUAGCAUGUGCCAUACUCCCGCCGCUGCCCGACGGCAGUGUACCAGCUGCCCCUCCGCCACUAUCUGGACCGGGCAGGGGACCUCCAGGACAAUACGGGCGGGGGCGCGAGAACGGUUUCGGUGGAAGAGGCGACUAUGGUGGGUUUGGCAGAGGGGGCAGAGGAGGUGGAGGUAGAUUUGAUGACGGGAGACUAGGUAGAGGCGUACCAUUUGGUGAAUGGAGGAGAGGCGAAGCGCCGCCAGAGCGAGAGCCAGGCUUUGGAAGAGGAGGAAGAGGGCGAGGUGAAGAUGACUGGCGCGAUCGUGGCAGAGGCAGAGGACGGUGGUAG